UGGUGCAUAUGCUCUCAGUGUACAUAAAAAGACAAGAUACCUUCAUCAACAAUCAUAAGGUACAACGCCCAGUGACAGUCACAGGGUACAAAUAAGCAAUCAGGAAACAAUAUCAAUAUAAAUUGUAAGGAUACAAGCAAUAAAGUUACAGUCAUACAGUCAUAAGUGGAAAGAGAUGGGUGAUGGGAACUAUGAGAAGAUUAAUAGUAGUGCAGAUUCAGUAAAUAGUUCGACAGCGUUGAGGGAAUUAUUUGUUUAGCAGAGUGAUGGCCUUCGGGAAAAAACUGUUCUUGUGUCUAGUUGUGCAGUGCUCUAUAGCGUCGUUUUGAGAGUAGGAGUUGAAACAGUUUAUGUCCAGGAUGCGAGGGGUCUGUAAAUAUUUUCACGGCCCUCUUCUUGAUUCGUGCAGUAUACAGGUCCUCAAUGGAAGGCAGGCAACAGCAAUGUCAGUAGACUGUCUUGGGCAGCAUGCGGUACUUUCUGGGUUUAGAAUUUUAUGGGACUACAUUACUGAGCCUGGGUGUCAGGCUCAGAAUAGGACAACUCAGAGCAGCCAAUUCGCAGUGGGAGAACUCACUGUGACCAACUCACCGCAGGACACCUCGCCGCGGGACAAGUCAACAAUUCACAAGCGCCGCUUCCUCUACAUUGUGAACCUGGAUGCACCCGCUGAUGGCCACCGCAAGAUUUCCCGUCAGAGCAAGUGGGACAUUGGGGCCGUGCAGUGGAAUCCUCAUGAGAGCCACGCACACUUCUUUGCUGCAUCGAGCAACCAACGUGUUGACCUGUAUAAGUGGAAGGACGGUAAUGGGGAAAUCGGCACUUCCUUGCAAGGACACACCCGAGUCAUCAGUGAUUUGGACUGGGCGGUGUUUGAGUCAGAUCUGCUGGUUACCAGUUCGGUUGACACAUACAUCUACAUCUGGGACAUCAAAGACACCCGAAAGCCUACUGUCUCUCUCUCCGCUGUUGCUGGAGCCUCCCAGGUAAAGUGGAAUAAGAAAAAUGCCAACUGCUUGGCAACCAGCCAUGAUGGGAAUGUGCGCAUUUGGGACAAAAGGAAACCAAGCACCGCUGUCGAAUAUCUGGCCGCUCACCUCUCUAAAAUCCAUGGCCUGGAUUGGCACCCAGACAAUGAAAACAUUUUGGCCACCUCCAGUCAGGACAAUUCAGUCAGGUUUUGGGACUACCGACAACCUCGAAAAUACCUCAACGUUUUGGCCUGUCAAGUUCCGGUCUGGAAAGCCAGAUAUACGCCUUUUAGCAAUGGGCUGGUAACGGUGAUGGUGCCCCAGCUUCGAAGAGAGAACAGCCUCCUCCUUUGGGAUGUGUGCGACCUCAACACACCAGUUCACACCUUUGUGGGACAUGACGAUGUCGUACUAGAAUUCCAGUGGAGGAAACAGAAGGAAGGGUCAAAGGACUAUCAGCUGGUCACCUGGUCUCGAGAUCAGACUCUUCGGAUGUGGCGAGUGGAUUGUCAGCUACAGCGGUUAUGCUCCAGUGACCCCUUGGAGGGGGUGGAGGAGUUGAUUGAUGGGAUUUCCCUCCUGCCAGAGACAGACAAGGCCCUGCCAGUCCAAGAGACGGAGCCUCAGCAGAACUUCACCCACGGAGAGGAGGAAAUUUUUAAAGAAGAUUCCCAGAAAAGCUUCCUGGCAGGAAAGAAGCUGGACCAGCUGGGGCUGCCUCAAACCUUACAACAGGAGUUCUCUCUGAUUAACGUGCAAAUCCGCAACGUAAAUAUGGAGAUGGACGCGGUCAAUCGGAACUGCACGGUCUCGGUGCACUGCAGCAACCAUAGGGUGAAGAUGUUGGUGAUGUUCCCUGCACAGUAUCCUAACAACGCAGCCCCCUCCUUCCAGUUUGUCAACCAGACCACAAUCCCUUCCACCAUGAAAGCCAAGUUGUUGAAGAUCUUGAAGGACACUUCCAUGCAGAAAGUGAAACGCAAUCAGUGCUGCCUGGAGCCAUGUCUACGCCAGCUGGUCUCCUGCCUGGAGUCCGUUGUGAACCAGGAAGACAGCUCUUCCAGUGACCCCUAUGCACUCCCAAAUUCCGUAACACCACCUUUACCAACCUUUCCGAGGGUCUCCAAUGCCUACGGCUCCUAUCAGGAUUCCAAUAUUCCAUUUCCUCGAACCUCUGGAGCGAGGUUCUGUGGGGCAGGGUACCUGGUAUACUUCACCAGACCAAUGACGAUGCACCGUACAGUCUCACCUACUGAACCAACACCGCGAUCCUUGUCAGCCCUGUCGGCCUACCACAGUGGCCUCAUUACGCCCAUGAAGAUCCGUACAGAGAGCCCUGGCAACCUGCGGUUAUACGGUGGGAGCCCCACGCGUAGUGAAAAGGAACAGGUCUCCAUCAGUUCCUUCUACUACAAGGAGAGGAUGUCUCCUUGCUCUGCGAGACGACGUUGGUCCAUACAAGCGAUUAACGACUUCCCGAAGUCCAGGAGAUGGAAGAGCAAACGCGAAGGGACCGAGGCCAGCAGCCGGCCCAUCAAAGCAGCUGGCAAAGUCAUCAUUCAGGACAUUUCCUGCCUGCUCCCCGUCCAUAAAUCAUUAGGGGAGCUGUAUAUACUAAACGUGGUAGAUAUUCAGGAGACCUGCCAGAAGAAUGCAGCCUCAGCCGUGACAGUGGGACGCCGAGAUCUCUUGCAGGUUUGGUCCCUGGCCACGGUGGCAACCGAUCUCUGCCUGGAUCCCAAUGCCGACCCAGACUUGGAGACCCCCUGGGCCCAGCACCCUUUCGGCCGCCAGCUCCUGGAGUCUCUGUUGGCACACUAUUGCCAGCUCCACGAUGUGCAGACCUUGGCUAUGCUGUGCAGCAUCUUUGAGACCCAAUCCAGACCUCAGGGAAUCCCAAACCCUUCAGGCCUGCCUCCUCAGCACCCCUCCAGCCACAGUCGAUACCCCAGCUUUACCUCCUCUGGCUCUUGUUCCAGCAUGUCAGACCCUGGACUCAGCACCAGCAGCUGGAACCCAGCCAGCAAAGACAUGGAACACACUUUAGGCUGGGCCGAAUCUUCGCCUGAUGACUUUCGCCUUGGGAACUUGGUGUAUGCUGAUCCCCGGGACCGAGAGAGAGACCAGCAUGACAGGAACAAAAGGCUUCUGGAUCCUGCCAACACGCAGCAGUUUGACGACUUUAAAAAGUGCUACGGAGAAAUCCUGUAUCGCUGGGGUCUGCGAGAGAAACGUGCCGAAGUCCUCAAGUUUGUUUCCUGCCCCCCCGAACCUCAUAAAGGAAUUGAGUUUGGCAUCUUCUGCAGCUACUGCCGCAGUGAAGUGCGCGGCAUUCAGUGCGCCAUCUGCAAAGGCUUUGCCUUCCAGUGUGCCAUCUGCCACGUGGCCGUGCGAGGCUCUUCCAACUUCUGUCUGACCUGCGGCCACGGAGGGCACACCAGCCACAUGAUGGAAUGGUUUCGCACCCAGGAAGUCUGUCCCACGGGCUGUGGCUGCCACUGCUUGCUGGAGAGCACUUUCUGACAGGCCAUCUUCAGCGGCUGACUUGGAUCAUUCCCAGGCCAGAUGAUCUCCAGCUGACCGCAAGAAAGGUCCCAGGUGACUUCUGACACGGAUGGUCAGUCUCCUUGAGGGCACUCUUGACAGAAGUGAAGUGCGGUGGCUGGUGGUUGCGUAACUUUUUGAGAAUGUUCUGUGCUAACCGAGUGGAAGAGAAGAAAUAACAAAAGCUGAAGAACAACUUGGUAUGAUGAAAAGUUCACAACAGAGGGAUGGAGUCUUCCCCCUCCAAAACAUGUACUUCUAGAAGGCCUUCUAUCCAGUGACAUUGCAGCAUCAGUUGCUUCUUUGGAUGGACCUCUAAGGUCUUGAUAUUAUACAAGGAGAUCAGAGUGAACAAAUAUUUUUUACAAAGACACAGAAAAAGUCUUCAAUCUUUGCAGUGUAGGAUGCUUGAAUGAAUUAGCAUGUCCUUUGGGAAGAAGGGAAUGUCCAACUGCAGCACGGACCCUGGAGACGUCGGAGAGGCUUAGCUGUCCUGUGGCAGGUUUUUAUUUUUUUCCUCACCUGCCACUGGAAAACUACCCUUUUUUCAAAGAUGCUGAGCUAUAAUUGCUUCCCUGGAAUUGACUCAUUUGACAAAUGUAGGAGCAAAUUCUUUUUUAAAAAAGGGCUUGGAUUCUGAAACAACAGGGCCAAUAUUUGGCUUUGGAUUAACAAUUUCAGGACUGAGCUGUCUGUGUUUUUGGUGCUGAAAUGCACUUGAACCUGAUGGAAACGAGAUGGGGGGGGGCAGAAACCAUAUAAAUUCUUUGUGGUACCAACAGGAAUCUGGACUGAGCCCUCCCGCUUUGGACUAGAUCCUUUGGUGCCUGGACUUUGGGUUGCUGACCCUCUCUGAAGCAUAGAGACCAUGUCAGAGCUGAAGAAGUGUAUUUUUGUAUAUUCACUGAAUAAUUAAGAAAGUUUUAUAAAAUUUUCGUGUUCUGCA